CUCUGAAGUUAGUCAUAACUGUUUUGUGCGGGUAGCGUCACUCACCCGUGCAUCUCUCUGGCCUAUAGCACACAUUCAACUACUAACAAUUCAAAUUCUGGAAUUGAACAUUUUUAUCAACGUGAGAAAAGAAGAGUUCAGUGACAAGACACUCAAGAGUUCAGUGACAAGACAUUCAAGAGUUCAGUGACAAGACAUUCAAGAGUUCAGUGACAAGACAUUCAAGAGUUCAGUGACAAGACAUUCAAGAGUUCAGUGACAAGACAUUCAAGAGUUCAGUGACAAGACAUUCAAGAGUUCAGUGACAAGACAUUCCUAUUGAAGGUACAACUAGUAGCUCAUUAUUUGACAACCAUCUUUACUACUUCAGACCAGACUGUCUUACAAGUGCCAGGUUACAGACAAUGCGUGAGUGUAUCUCCAUCCAUGUUGGCCAGGCCGGAGUUCAGAUUGGUAACGCCUGCUGGGAACUCUACUGUCUGGAGCAUGGCAUACAACCCAAUGGCAAGAUGGAGGAUUUGAAAUAUGCCACGAACAAUGGGGACGAGAGUUACAACACGUUCUUCAGUGAAACCUCCAUGGGGAAACAUGUCCCUCGAGCCAUUUAUGUCGACCUAGAACCCAGCGUAGUUGACGAGGUGCGUACAGGGGCGUAUCGUCAACUCUUUCACCCGGAGCAAUUAGUGAAUGGUAAAGAAGACGCGGCCAACAAUUACGCCCGAGGUCACUACACUGUAGGCAAAGAAAUUGUGGACCUUGUUCUGGACAGAAUCAGAAAGAUGGCUGACCCAUGCACUGGUCUUCAAGGUUUCCUCGUGUUCCAUAGUUUUGGAGGUGGUACUGGUUCCGGUUUCUCCUCACUUCUGAUGGAGAGACUAAGUGUAGAUUACGGCAAAAAGUCCAAGUUAGAAUUUGCUGUCUAUCCUGCACCUCAGGUGUCUACAGCAGUGGUUGAACCCUACAACUCUAUUUUAACCACUCACACGACAUUAGAACAUUCAGACUGCGCAUUUAUGGUAGACAAUGAAGCCAUCUACGAUAUAUGCAGGCGAAACCUGGACAUCGAGAGGCCAUCUUAUGUGAAUCUAAAUCGUCUAAUAGGCCAGAUUGUCUCAUCCAUCACAGCCUCGCUUCGUUUUGAUGGAGCUUUGAACGUUGACCUAACAGAGUUUCAGACGAACCUUGUGCCGUACCCCAGAAUUCACUUUCCAUUAGUUACAUAUGCACCCAUCAUCUCAGCUGAGAAAGCUUAUCACGAGCAAAUGUCUGUGGCGGAGAUCACCAACGCGUGUUUCGAGCCUUACAAUCAGAUGGUCAAGUGCGACCCAAGAAUGGGCAAGUACAUGGCUUGUUGUAUGUUGUAUAGAGGAGACGUGGUGCCCAAAGACGUCAACGUUGCCAUAGCAACUAUCAAAACUAAGCGGUCCAUCCAAUUUGUGGACUGGUGCCCUACAGGCUUUAAAGUAGGCAUUAACUACCAACCACCUACUAUAGUUCCAGGUGGUGAUCUCGCUCAAGUUCAGAGGGCAGUCUGUAUGUUAAGUAAUACCACAGCCAUUGCAGAGGCUUGGGGCAGACUUGACCACAAGUUUGACCUAAUGUAUGCCAAGAGAGCAUUCGUGCAUUGGUAUGUGGGAGAAGGAAUGGAGGAGGGUGAAUUUGCCGAGGCCAGGGAGGACCUGGCAGCACUAGAAAGAGAUUACGAGGAAGUUGGACUUGAAACUGUCAUUGAGGGUGCUGGGGGAGAGGAAGGAGAUGAGUACUAGGGGAGAGUGAGCAGUGUCUCAUCAACUGCAUUUAUUUAUUCAAUUUGCAUUGAGUGAUAAACAUGUUGUAUUAACAGGAAGGUUGAAAUGAUCUCUGAUGAGAUUUUUAUAACACCAGAAGCAAUUUUGAAACAAGUAUCUAUUUUAAAAAGAAAUUACAGCAUAGGCUAAGAAAUGUAUUGACUAUAUAAAGUUUGUAUUUCAAUCAAACUAAAAUUUAAGAUUUUCUUUAAAUACUAAUAUUAAUAAUAUUUGCUUUUUAGACUAUAAAUGUUUGGUAUAGAGCUAAAAAUUAUUGUGAUAAACUUACACCAGCUGUCAGUAGCUAAAUUAUGUGUUCAAACCAGCUGUACAAGGUAGCUUUUGUUUCCCAUUGGGUUCAUGUUUUUAGUCUAUUUAUUUCUUUUAUUGUUUCCCCCCCUGCUCAUUUUUUAAAAAACUAUUUCCAAUUUUUUUGUCUGCUAUUAUUUGUUCUUUUCAAGACCAAGGGAUUUUAUAUUGCAACACUUUCAGCUGGAGACUCCAGACACAAGUUGACCAUGAGACAAAACUUUGUAAUAGUUGACCACGAGACAACACUUUGUAAUAGUUGACCACGAGACAACACUUUGUAAUAGUUGACCAUGAGACAAAACUUUGUAAUAGUUGACCAUGAGACAACACUUUGUAAUAGUUGACCACGAGACAACACUUUGUGAUAGUUGAUCACGAGACAACACUUUGUAAUAGUUGACCAUGAGACAACACUUUGUAAUAGUUGACCACGAGACAACACUUUGUAAUAGUUAACCAUGAGACAACACUUUGUAAUAGUUGACCAAGAGACAACACUUUGUAAUAGUUGACCAUGAGGCAACACUUUGUAAUAGUUGACCAUGAGACAACACUUUCUAAUGUUUUCUCUUCAGACCAAAUGUUUCCUUCUGAUACUCAAUGUCAUUUUGUCUUUACAAUAUCAUUGAACCAAGAGACCAACAUGGAACAGCUUUUUACUCUUUGUUUUAGUAACCCAACAGUUUUAUUUGGUGUGCAAUCAGUUUUGUUGUGUGUUUUUAUUUGAUACCUUUUUUUUUGUUGCAAGAUUUUACAAGUGAAUUGAUUGUAUCAACUGAAGUACUGGACGCAACUCUAGAAGUCAUACAAAUAUUUAUUUUUUAAAAUA